AUGACUCAUCGGACCCGUAGUUGGGCUCGCUCAAAAAAUCGCUCCGAAUCGGAGGAAUCCGAAAAGGCCGAAAAGAAGCCGCGCGGUCGUGACAAGGAACGCAAAAAGCGCAGCUCCAGCAGCAGCGAAAGCAGUGGAAGCUCGUCCGAUAGUAGCUCGUCGCGCAGCAGUUCCGGAUCACGAUCGAGUUCAAGUAGCAGCAGUAGUUCGUCCUCGAGCUCGUCUUCUUCGUCCAGCAGUGAGGCCGAUCGUUCACGCACAAAACGCAAAACUAAUACCAAGUCGCGUUCGCGUAGCAAGAGUCCGGCUCCGGCUCAAUGGGAUAAGGAAUCGUCCGUCAAUAAGGACACGGUCGGCAAACCGGUGCGUGCCAAAUCGAAGGAAAAAGACCGACGCAGCUCGGAACCGCGAGACAAUGAUAAGGAAAACAACAAACAGCCGGCUCGCGGGCCGUCGGUCGAGAAGUCGGUGAAAGAUUCUCGCAGCCGCCGUUCGCGGUCGGAUUCGUCAAAGCGCAGGCGUAAGGAGCGCUCCGUCACACCGCGCCCUGUUCGGAUUCACAUUGGGCGCCUGACGCGUAACGUUUCACGGGACCACGUGAUGGAGAUUUUCAGCACUUACGGUGAGGUGCGCAAUGUGGAGUUCCCUAUGGAUCGCUUUCAACCGUUCGGCAGGGGCUUCUGCUACGUUGAGUACAUGGACGCGGACGGCGCAGAGAAUGCCAUGAAGCACAUGGACGGUGGGCAGGUCGAUGGGCAGGAGAUAACGGCUUCGCCGGUGUUGGUUCCGAAGGCCCGGCCACCACCACGGCGUCCCUCACCGAUCAUGCGCAAUAAUCGGCCGAUGCAACGUUGGCGUUCGCCGAUGCGCUAUCGGCAGCGCCCGUCGAUGCGUCGUAGUCCGCGGCGCAGACGUUCCCGCAGCCCCGUCCGGCGACGCCGCCAGAGCAACAGUUCCGAUAGUUCACGCUAGGGUGGCAAGGACCAGCUUCCAGGAUUAUUCACACGAUCGACCGUAAAAGGUGUUUUUAUUUCGUGGCUCACACUAUACUGCAUUAGCUUUAGGUGCUGUCUCGCUGACUCCCCUUGCCGGGUUCGACGGGACAGAUUCAAUUUUGCGGAAAGAACUAUAGAUCUCCGAACAGGAUCGUCAACAAAAUGACACACGAUACAC